AUGACUUCCCCAGCAGCGUUCUUCAAAGGCGCGACGCUCGACAUCGUCCUCUCUGCCUCGCCCGCCCUCCUCGCCGAAGCCCCGCCUGCAACGACUCUCGCCGGCCUCGCAGACGAGCAACUGGUGCGGGACACGGACAGAUGGGUGGAACGACUCCUGGCGAGCAAGCGGCGACCAGCGCUGUACUUCGACGAGCGAGUCUCAUUCCACCUCGUCCUCUCGCUCCCCACCUCCCCCUCCUCUACCUCGACUUCGACUUCGCCCCUCUCCCGCGCUCAAGCAGCGACAUUGCUUCGUCAAUCCCUUCCUCAGCCGCACCUCGGCCUCUCUGCCGACCUCAGCUUCGUCGAGGGCGCGCCCAACACCUUCCCGACGGGUCUGCCGCCUUUACCGACGAGAACCUCGUCCCUCACUGGCAGUCUCGCCGCCAAAGUCCCCCUCACGCCUGCACCUUUCCCUGCCCUAACUGCCGGCGAAGACUACGCUGGCCAGGCAAAGGAGAUACCGAGCAUCGUCGGAGGCGGGACAGCGGGAGGAGGCGUCCAGGUCGCCAACGUCAAGUUUGACGAGAGCAGCGGGCGCGCAUGGGUUGCACAGCGACCGGCAGGCGGCUGGGUCGGCGUGUGGGAAUUCUGCGCGGAUGUCGCCUUCGUCCGCACUCAUCUCGCCGACCCUCGACUAUCUCUUACCGUCACAGUCUCGCUGCGAGAUGACCCGCGACUAGCGCUACUGCUGGAAAAGGCGAAGAGCGGUAUUGUCGGCGACAACUCGAUGGACGGGCUGGGCGGUGCAGCCGCCAGUGAGGACGACGACUACAUGGCUGACAGCUACGAUGACGUAAACCUCCUCUCCGCCCUCGCCCCCAUAUCUUCGACGCCGCUACACCUUCCCUUCUCGCGACUGCCACCUACCUUCCUGCCUCCCAUGCCUCCGCCCACUCUUCCCGUUCCACGACCAUCUCGCUCCUUCUCCGUCUCGCACACUCGCACACUCUCCUCCUCUUCCGCUGGUGGCGCAUCCGCAUUCAGCAACGACGCAUCUCUCCUCCACCCUUCUCUUCGACGCUCUAUCCGUCGGGUGCUGCCCAUUCGGUCACCAAUCCGACUCGAGAUGCGGACCUUCCCUUGUCCCGUCGGCGCACUGGGCUUGGCAGAAGGUGGACGAGUCUGGGAAAGAGAUGAGGAGGACGGCGUGGUGCUUGCAGUCGAGCUUUCAGCGCCUCGCGGAGCUCCCGCGGGCGAAGGGUUCGAGGUGGAAGGGCUGGAGGUUUCGGUCGAAGGAGCGGCGGGAGUGGGACAACCGACGCGGUCGAAUCAGCAGCACGACCUCGAGGUCCGCGAGAUCCGGUCCGGCUCACUCGCACCGAAGGGCGACACGGUGUCGAAAGACUGGCCCAUCCUUAUCAGCGGCUCGAACGCCCAGCAGAACUUCCUUUACGCCAUCGCUCGCGUCCCUUCCGCCGCUUCUUCCGCCUCGCCAACCAACAUUCUCAGCGAUCUCGGCCGCGAAGAUUCGAGCAGCGUCGGUACUGUGCCUAUCGCCGUGGCGAGCAGCCCGACGCAGCGUUUCACGGCAAGGUUCGGCGCGGAAGAUGGCGCGGCGUCAGCCCUCGUCGGAGGCGUCGGGCAAGGAGAGCGGCGCGGUAGCCUCGUGCCGGCAGCUACGGCCGCGAACGAUACGGCAACGAGACAAGCCCGUGCUUGGCUGAGGAACGUCACGGUUGUCGUCAAGGGACGGCCAAUCGUGUCGGGGCGAGCGGUCGCAGACGAUGGCUAUGCAGUACCAGAUGCCGUUGAGGUGAACGUAGGGAAUGGGGCGACGACGGACGACGAUGGCGAAUCGCCGACUCCAGCCUUUCGCUCGCGAUGGCAUUGCACGCUCGACAUCUCAUCCUUCGCGCAGCGCUCACCUCCUCGCCCGGCCAUCUUCCAGCAACCUCUCGCUCCUCCAGUCCGUCUUACCUCGAUCGCAGCGCCAGUUCUGCCGUCCGCGGCCCUCCCCGCAAAACCCGUCUCAUUCCCGCUUCGACCUGCGUCGACCGCGGCUAAUGUCGAAUUCGAGUCGGUUGCCGGGUCCAAGCGACACACCAUGUCGUCCCUCGCAUCGCUCUCGCUCAGGUCGCCCGUCAUGACCCGGAAAGGCUCGCUCGGCUUCCCUCCACCGCCUGUCCCGCCUCACCCGCCUGUACCGAGUCGAACAUCCACCGAUCGACCUCUUUCAACUCGUGCACUCCCUCCGACUCCCUUCUCCCCGCCCGCACCGUCGACUUCCGCCUCCGCCUCGACCGGCCCGAAACGCUUCUUUUCCCUCCCGCACGCCGGCCACUCUGCGACCGAUGUGUCCAACUCUUCGACGAGCGCGCUCGCUUCAAUUCUGCCGUCCAUCACGCCCACUCGCACCGAGACGCCACCGCCGAUGUCUGCGCCAAACGGCAAGCGGUCGAGUUUGCCCGUACCGCAUAUGGGCGGCUUGCUCGAGCGGCCAAAGUCGGCGCAGCGAGCGAGCUGGGUCAGCAACCUCGUCAGCGGACGAGACUCUGCGACUCCGUCUCAGUACGGCGCGCCCUCGAGGACUGGCAGUGUCGGUCAUGGCGAGACGAGCUGGGAGAGGCGGUCGUCCCUCGCUACGCCUGUCCCGGCUGAGCACGCGGCGCCUCCGCCUCCAGCCAGUCUUGGACUUGGGCUCGAGGCAGUGGACGUGCCUCGAGCUGAGCCGGAGCAGUCCAUGGCGAUGGGCAAGGUGCUUGUCUCUGUCUCGCUCGUCCCGCUUCGGCAGGCCAAGUCUCGUCGACCCGCCGCUUUCGCCGGCGACGCAACUGGUGCUUCCUCCAUCGGUCGCACGAAUGAGAACCUGCCGCCUCCGACCUUGCCGGGCCUGGCGCCGCCUUCGCCAGAUCCGAACGCUUCGCCAGGCUCGGGUACACCGCAUCACGCCGCCUUCUCCUUCCCUCCCGCAUCGCCUGACCCGUCUUCCUCGCCGAGCGGCAGUCCAGCCACACCCGCAAGUCCCGUCACCGCCUUCUCACCCGCUCCCUCCGCCGCUGCAGCCCGCGCGCUUGCGGAGCGCACCAACCUCGCCACGUCUCGUAUGCCCCGCGUCAACCUCCUCGACGUCUUACUCGUCGAGGUGUUUGUCUUCAACCAGAGCGACCAGGUCAAACGGUUCACGGUCGGCGUGCCGCCCGAGCACAUGCAUGGCGAUGCGACUGCGAGGGAGGGCAAAGAGGUUGCGCCGGCUGGUCCAACUGGUGCUGUCAAAGGGCGCAAGUCGGCGUCGCUGCUAGCGGAGCAAGAUGCGAAGGUGGCGCGCCUGGUCCCGCUCGAGAACGAUGUCCGGAUCGGCCCGCUCGCGCCGAACAGCUGCGCAUCAGUCGGCAUCCGCUUCCUCGCCAUCCGGCCAGGCUCGCACGUCGUCGAGCAACUUCGCCUGGUCGACUUGAGUGAUGGCAGCGAGACGAGGUUGUCAAGGCCGCUUUGGGUCGUCGUCGAGUAG